UUUUUCCUCCUUUACACCCGUGGACUGGAAUAGAUUCGAUACCAAAGUGGUAUGGACUACAUCGUUCGCCUCUCUUGUGCGCAGCUGUGAGGCAUCCUUCAUCCACUUGUUGCAGGAACCCGGUAUCCUACAACUGUGCUGAGACUAGAACACUCAAGGCAAAAGCCAUUGCGGCAACAGGUUUGCCCAACUCUUCCGUCGAUUUAGAUUAGAGGACGUGAAGAAUCGAAGCGCUUUUCUGUUCAAUAUGCCCGUGUUGAUGAGUCCGGAUAUUGCCACGAAGUUUAAAGAGAAAUGGAUGCUGCUCCAUCCAGAUGACAGGGAUAACAUCAACGGCGCCGUGACCCUGGACGAUAGCCUGACUAGUUUGCACUGGCUUCAGAAUUUUUCUAUUCUGAGUGCUAACCCCGAGAAAGGUCCCAGCUCUGGCUGUCACCCGUCUCACAUCUACUACAACAAACACCUGCCGCUAUGGGGCACCGACUCUCCCUCCAGCCCUCCCGCCGGAGACACCGCCGCGACAGGGAUGCCGCAGACUCCCGGGACGCCUUGCAGCCACUCGCCCAUCACAACCAGCUACUCACAUCCACAAGCGGGAGCUUAUUCUCAUAACCAUAUGACGGCACACAUGAACCCGCCGGAGGAGAUCGACUACAAGACGAACCGUCACGUUAAGCCGCCGUACUCCUACGCAACGCUCAUCUGUAUGGCGAUGCAAGCCAGCAAGAAGACCAAGAUCACCCUGUCUGAGAUCUACAGUUGGAUCACGGAGAAUUUCUGCUAUUACAGACACGCAGAACCUAGUUGGCAGAAUUCCAUUCGUCACAACUUGUCCUUGAACAAGUGUUUCAUGAAGGUCCCUCGGCAGAAGGACGAACCGGGCAAAGGAGGCUUCUGGCAGAUCGACCCCCAGUACGCCGACAUGUUCGUCAACGGCGUCUUCAAGCGCCGGCGAAUGCCCGCCACCAACUUCACCACCCAGCGGCAGAGCAAGCACCAGCUCUCCUCCUGCAGUCAGUCUGGCCAGGCCGGCCAGCACCUUGGCAUGGCCUUCUACCAGGGGACGGGCAUGGACCACAAGCGGAAACAGGCGCCGCCCAAGCGCGGAGGUAGCAAGCUGGCGCGGAUGCCCAAGUCCCCGCUGCUGGCCACCGAUGCCAGGGGGGCGGACAUGCUCCGCGGGGACUUCGACCUGGCGUCGGUGUUCGACGACGUCCUCAGCGGCGGGGGCAGCACGUUCGAGGACCUGGACAUCAACACGGCGCUGAGCUCGCUGGGCUGUGAGAUGGAGCUGUCGCCCCAGGGCCAGCACGCCGCCUCCGCCGCCGCUGCCACCCGGGGCAAGUGGUACGCCAGCGAGGAUGAGCAGGCCUGCGCCUACCUAGAGGCCAGCAGCAUGAUGGGAGAUCUCCAGCAUCAGCACCAACAGCAGCAGCAGCAGCAGCAGCACCGGCAGCUCCACCACCACCAGCAGCAACAGCAUCUACAGUCCCAUCCACUCUACUACGAGGGCAUGACUCUGUUCUCGGAUCAGCACCAGCUGCACCCGUGGGAGGAGAUCAAGGAGGAGCCUCAGCCAGUGCCACUGUCCCUGGACCAGGGCUUUGGGUUCUCUGAGGGCUUCUUUUCAGAGAUGCAGCUGUGGGAGAGGGCGGAGUCAUAUAUGUAGUCCCUGAGUGUGUCACAUGACAGGAAGUCAGUUGUCCAACUCAUAUCUCACCUCAUCAGAUAUGCAUUGUCUUUGCUGGUCUGAAGACCUACAGACUUUUGUUUUGCUACAUUAGCAUAAUUAUUCUUCAUAAAUAUAUGUAAUGAAAAAAAUUUCAUUUUUGAUUCAGUUUUUUUACCUUUUCCAUGUUUUUUUUGUUAUUUUUACAAAAUCUAUGCCGUAUGUUAGUUUUUGUGCUCUUUUUAUGCUCAUUUAAUACGUUUAUGAGCAGUAGAUGAUCAGUGUAGUUAAAGUAUGAUUACUACAUAAAAUUAAUUAGCAAUGAAUCAAAUUUCUUUAAUCAAUUUUAAUAUAUAUUCAUUUGAGUUCAUUGUGAAUCGAGCGUGACCUGCAAAUUUUUCAAAUCAUCCAACCGAACAAAAGGGAAGAAAGUGGCUGCCGUAGACCAACCCUAAGGGGGCCACGCACAAGCACUUUGUCACAGAAUUGGGUUGUGAUUGCAGUAUGAAGAGAAAAUCUCCUAUUUAUUUUUCAACUCAAAGAACAUAUUGAUUGAGACGUAAUGAAAUGGAGUGGUCUGUGUUUUUUUUUUUUUUUUUUUUUUUUAAAUAAUAACAAUAACAAUAAUGAUAUCAAGUUUGGAUGAUUUGUGAAAGUCAAUGGCAAAGACUGUUAUGAGAUUAAUGGAAUGAACGUAGUUUAAACACAGUGACUCAGAUUUUGAUGUUUUUGUACUUGAACAAAAUGAUCAAGAUCAUUAAAAUGGCGCAUGUUGAGAACACUUCAUUUGCAUUCCAAUUUCCAGUUCCAUGCAAUGUUAUUGAUUCCAGUCAUACUGCAGUGCCUUUACAUCAUAACAUUUGGUGCCAGUCAAUGUUUUUUGAUGACCAGUCGUGGAUAGUAGACUCUCCUGACUGUAAAUGAUUGAUUUUCAGUGCAGUUUUUUCCCUGUUGCUUUGGUAAAAAGUCAGUAUGCAAAAUAUGAGAGAUAUUCAUCAAAUCCUUUGUUCUUACUCUAACUAGCCAAACAUGCAACAUACAGAAGGUCAUGGUGUCGAGGUCUUAAAUCCUACAUCUGGUAUGGAAAAUGGUAGUUUGGUCUUAACAUUUUAUAUUAAUAUGCUGAAGAAAAUUACAAAAUGAUUUUUUUGCAACGAAAAUGCUUCAUAUACAGUGUCUUUAUCUGUGCAAUAAAUCCUUUGUGAACACAUUGUCACUGUACUUACCUGUUAACCAACAUGAGCAGGGCUUCAGGCAGCAGUGCAGUAAUCAGAGAUAUUUUGCAAGUAAAGAUUAGAGAGCGACAUAUACUUGCAGUGCUUAUUAAACUGCAUUUACACAGUUAAAUAUAUUAACGUUUAACCUCAUUCUUAAGACUCUACUGACAUGGCUUAGGCUUCAUAGCUGCUAUCUCAUCAUGUCAUUUGAAAACGGUUUCUGAAGUUGUUUUGUCUGAUUGUCACUCAAUGCAAUGAAUAAAGUGGGUUUA